AUGACGCUGAAGGCAACCAUUGCGACGUGGGCCCGUCGCGUGUGCGACCCGCGCGACACCAAGGCGGCGUGGGCCGUCGCACGGCUGCUUCUAAUCGCAGAGGCGGUGCUGUGCUCUGCGAUCAUCGUCAAAGUCCCCUGUGCGUCUCGUCCUUGCCUCGUCAUUGCCUCGUCAUUGCCUCGUCAUUGCCUCGUCCUUGCCUCGUCCUUGCCUCAUCCUUGCCUCGUCAUUGCCUCGUCAUUGUCUCACACCAAGAUAGAUUGGGACGCGUACAUGGCGCAAGUCACGGGCUUCCAGCACGGCGAGAGGGAUUGCACCAAGGUGGAGGGCGACACGGGCCUCCUCGUCUACCUUACCAACACCAAGAUAGACUGGGAUGCGUACAUGUCACAAGUCACGGGCUUCCAGCACGGGGAACGGGAUUACACCAAGCUGGAGGGCGACACGGGCCCCCUCGUCUACCCUGCAGGGUUCCUCCUCUCCUUCUCUGCUCUCAAGUGGAUAACCGGGGGAAUCGUGGCAAACGCUCAGGUGGCCUUCCUCGUCCUCUAUCUCAUCAACCUCCUCAUGGUCUUCGCCAUCUACAUCCGCACACAGGCGGUGCCCCCCUGGGCGCUCGUGCUGCUGUGUCUCUCCAAGCGUCUACACUCCAUCUUCCUGCUCCGCCUCUUCAACGACUGUCUUGCCAUGGCUUUCCUUCACGCCUCGCUCCUCAGACUCCAGUCAUCCAGAUGGAUCCCAGCAGUGCUCCUAUUCAGCUUCUGGUUGGCUGGCCAUUCAUCGGCACCUUCCCUCAAGCCUACUUUGGCCGGGCAUUUGACCUCGGACGAGUCUUCAUCCACUUCUG